GAGAGAGAGAGAGAGAGCAUCUUGGUUUUAUGAUCCUAUUCCUACCAAUUAGCAAUCUCCUAUUCAGUUCUUCAGAUAACCUCCAUUUAAGCGAGUACCGAACAAACUCCAAACAACAAAGAUGAACGGUGGCAAUACUAAUACUACUAAUCCUAAUACUACUGAUGAUACCCACCCUCUCUACCCUUCCUUGUUCUCACCCACUGGCUCAUCUAAACAACCACAACCUUCAGUCACUGAUCAACCACCACCACCACCAUCUUCUUUGCCAGCAGCAACACCUCCCCCCAACGCCCAACAAACCCAGCCACAGCCGCAGCCACCUUAUCAGCCCGAGCCCGGGCCGUCCUCAUCAACAUCCGAUCAUCAUCCAGAUGCAGAGACUUCCGAGAAAUGGGGGACCCACAUCAUGGGCGCCCCUGCCGUCCCCACGUCCCACCCGGGCAAUCAAAAGGCCGCCACGUGGAGCGCCGGCAGCGACGAUCAACCCCAGAAUCAGCCCCACCACCCCUACCUCCAAUACUCCCCAGUUGCUCACAAGCCAAAUUCCAGUCCCAUGGAAUCUAUUCUCAGCAAAUUCAACACCUGGAGCAAAAAGGCCGAGACCACCGCCCAAAAUAUCUGGCUCAAUCUGAAAACAGGGUCCUCUGUAUCGGGAGCGGCGUGGGAUAAAGUGAAUUUGACUGCGAAAGCAAUGACAGGAGGUGGGUUUGAGACUUUGUUCAAGCAGACUUUCGCUACCUUACCAAAUGAGAAGCUAAAGAAGACGUUCGCCUGUUAUCUCUCCACAACCACAGGACCCGUCGCCGGAACCAUAUAUCUAUCCAAUGUCCAUGUAGCCUUUUGCAGCGAUCGACCCUUAUCCUUCACUGCACCCUCCGGCCAAGAGACUUGGAGCUAUUACAAGGUAAUGGUACCUUUGGUCAAGAUAUGCGCAAUCAAUCCGGUAGUGAUGAGGGAUAAUCAAUCGGAAAAGUAUCUCCAGAUAGUCACAAUUGACGGCCAUGAUUUCUGGUUCAUGGGUUUUGUCAACUACGAGAAAGCAACUCGUCAUCUAUCGGAAAGCCUUGGGGGUUAUGUGGCACCUGGUAUUGCGGUACAACAACCAGUCGUAGCAUGAAAAAAAUA